CGGGGCAGCUGCGAGGCGGGCCGGGCAGGCCCCCCAGGGCUUGGGGAGCUACGAGGCCUUUUUCCAGGGGCGGGACAAACCGCUCCCCCGAUGCCCAGGCCCGUGAGCCGGGCUCUGGGCGUCAGGCGCUCAGGCUAUACGGGCAGGUCCUCAGCCCUUUGCGGUCGGUUGGAGGACAGAGAGUGGGGACAGCUUGUGUGCCCUGGGCCUGGGCACUUCCUUGCGCUGGCUCUGUGACUUAAGAUGAAAGAACGCGUCUCUGCUGGGCUCACUCUCCUCCCCUGAAAGCUGCAGACAGGAUCACAGUACCUUUCUUAGGGUUUGGGGAGCGUGUGAUGAGUUGACACUUGGAAAGUGGUUCAGACUGGCGGCCCCACACAACGGUCCCUACUAGUUUGCAGCAUUAUUAUUAGUGCAUCAUGGAGAAAGACCUUCAAGAGGAAAGGAUUCUGAAGUUGGGCGGGCCUGAGGUGGGGGACAACCAUCCGUUUGGAUGGAGACCGUGGUGACCCGCCUUGAGAAUCUAUCUCCCUGUAUGUCCAGGAAGGGGGACCAUAGAACCGCCUUGAGAAUCUCCUUUUGUGUCCAGGAAGGGGGACCAUGGUGACCCACCUUGAGGAUCCCCCAGGGUGUCCGGGACUGUGGCCUUCAGGGCACGGGCAGUGAAGAUCAGCCCUGGAUGCCGCUGACUUCUGUCCCCCAGACCUGCCUCAUCUUGCCCGAGCUGAUCUGGAAGAAUGUGUGUUUCCUCUGGCCAGCCCUGGAGUCAUUCUGGAGAAAAGGGCCUUCUGGCCAGAAGAUGCUGCAUGGGUCACUGCCCUGCCAGGCUCUCUUGCCCGUCUCUACAGUUCCAGGGUGCUGUUUCAUUGUCAAGCACUUUAAACUCCAAGAGUCUUUGGACUGGCACCUGGCUGCUGCCCAGGUUGGAAGAAGGGGGUGUCUGGCUGGCCUUGUACGUCUACGAGUAUCUGCUGCACGUGGGAGCCCAGAAGUCGGCCCAGACCUUUCUGUCCGAGAUACGAUGGGAGAAGAACAUCACGCUGGGGGAGCCCCCGGGGUUCCUGCAUUCCUGGUGGUGUGUGUUCUGGGACCUGUACUGCGCGGCUCCGGACCGGAGAGAGGCCUUCGAGCACUCGAGUGAGGCCAAGGCCUUCCAGGACUACAGCACCGCAGCAGCCCCCAGUCCCGUGAUGGGGAGCCUGGCCCCCAAUGACGCCAUGGCGCCCAGCUUCUUCCAGGGACCCCCCAGCUCCCAGCCGCCCCCCCACAACCCCAACACCCCCAUGAUGGGGCCUCAUGGCCAGCCCUUCAUGUCACCGCGGUUCCCAGGGGGCCCCCGGCCCACCCUGCGGAUGCCGAGUCAGCCUCCAGUUGGGCUUCCUGGCUCUCAGCCCCUCCUUCCUGGCUCCAUGGACCCCUCCCGUGUACAGGGGCAUCCGAGCAUGGGUGGCCCGAUGCAGCGGGUAACACCUCCCCGGGGCAUGGCCGGCGUCGGGCCCCAGAGCUAUGGAAGCGGCAUCAGGCCCCUGCCCAACUCCCUUGCUGGCCCCGGGUUGCCUGCCCUGAACAUGGGUCCAGGAGUGCGGGGCCCAUGGGCUAGCCCCAGUGGCAACUCGAUCCCCUACUCCUCGUCCUCCCCGGGCAGCUACACGGGACCCCCCGGAGGAGGUGGGCCACCCGGAACACCCAUCAUGGCCAGCCCUGGAGACUCUAACUCCAGCGAGAAUAUGUACACCAUCAUGAACCCCAUCGGGCCCAGUGCUAGCAGGGCCAACUUCCCGCUUGGCCCUGGCCCUGAGGGCCCCAUGGCCGCCAUGAGCGCGAUGGAACCGCACCACGUGAACGGAUCCCUGGGCUCGGGCGACAUGGACGGGUUGCCGAAGAGCUCCCCCGGCGCUGUGGCCGGCCUGAGCAACGCCCCGGGCACCCCGCGGGACGACGGCGAGAUGGCGGCCGCCGGGACCUUCCUACACCCGUUCCCGAGCGAAAGCGUAAGCGACUGCGUCGACUCCCCCCCCGCGGCGGCGUCGGGCCGGAGGGGCCUGGCGGGCAGACCCCGGCGGGGCGGCCGGGGGGCCAGAGCAAGACCGUGACCGCGGCGGGCCAGUACUCGCCCGGGAUGACCAUGAGCGUGUGACGGGCGGUCGUCCCCGGCCUCUGCCCAGCGCCCGUGCCUGAGGCCGGGCGCUGGGGAGGGGGCCGAGGUCACAUCUCUGGUGCCUGGAUCCCGGGCCGAGGCCUGACAGGCUGGAGGCCCCACGGCCUACACAAAGACUUUUCAUUUUCUAAAAAAAACGCAAGGACCUCAGAGACUCGCGCGCUCUCCUGUACGGCCCCUUCCCGCCGCCACUUGUAUUUUGUCCAGUGGGGGUUUCAUGGGGGCCACCCUUCUCCCAGGAUGGUGGGGGUGGGGCCCAUCAAUAAAUGUAACUCGGUUUUGUG